AUGGUGGUCGUUGUUGCGGACUUCCAGAACCGCGUCGGCAGCAAGUUUGGCGGCGGUGGUGUCGCCCGCGCCGAUGAGGCCGCCAUCGACCGUCGCGAGCGCCUGCGCAAGCUCGCCCUCGAGACCAUCGACCUCGCAAAGGACCCCUACAUCCUCCGCAAUCACCUCGGCGGCCUCGAGUGCCGGCUUUGCCUUACGCUCCACACCAACGAGGGCUCGUACCUCGCCCACACGCAGGGCAAGAAGCACCAGACCAACCUCGCGCGGCGAGCGGCGCGCGACGCGCACGACCCGGCCGCGUACGCUCAGCAGCUCGCGGCCCAGUCGGCAAAGCCCCAGGUGCAGACCAAGUCGUUCAUCAAGAUUGGCGUGCCCGGGUACCAGGUCACCAAGGUGCGGGAUCCGGUGACGGGCCAGCUUGGACUCCUGUUCCAGGUCCACUACCCUGAGAUCAAGGACGGCGUUCGGCCACGACACCGCUUCAUGUCGGCGUUCGAGCAAAAAGUCGAGGUCCCCGACCGCAACUGGCAGUACCUCCUCAUCGCAGCCGAGCCGUACCAGACCAUCUCGUUCAAGAUCCAGGCGCGCGAGAUCGACAGCACCGAGGGCAUGUCGUGGGACCACUGGGACCCGGACUCGAAGACGCUCUCGAUGCAGUUCCUCUUUGCCGCGACCAAGUAG